AUGGUUCAGAAGAUGAGUUAUACUUGGGUAGAAAGGUAUUCAAGUGGAAUGAAGCGGCUCUUAUGUGUGUUCUACCCUCUUGAAGCUGAACAUGGGAAUUAUGUCUUGGCAUCAACGCGAGGCAAGAACCCCGUCUCCUUCCCUCAACACAUCAUCGAGCCCGAGCUUUGCUCUGCAUACAGCCACAUGUUCCAAGACACCGAUACGAGCAUGUCUCUAUUUUUGGGUCUUCAAGUCCCGUUUCUCCCUUCCAAUUCUCUUCACGGUCGAUACUUGCACCUGAGCUAUCCUCCACCUUGCUCAACAGACUGGGGGCUAAGUAUCAGAACAGCGAGGUGCAAGUCGACCGGCUUAUCGUUAGAAGUCCCUGUUCACGCGUUCCGUCCUUCAUGGCUCCAUUAUGACCGAAUCAGGUCCAGAAGUCCUUCUCACAUAGUAAGGAAAGUACUUAGGCCUCCGCCAGAUACACCAUCAGCCCUCCUUAUAUCUCCAAGCACAGACAGAGUGACCAGUCAAUCAUUUGACAGCUUGCUUAUAAACGGCAAUUGCGGCCUCCCCAUGAUCUCAACCACCCGGUCUUCUCCCCACAAAGAUAGUGAUCCUGCGCAUCCUGAGUUCUACCGGUCCGACCGCGCUGAUAGCGGACUCGGGUCCGAAGAUGCGCCGUCAGUUGUUUUGAGAGAGCUCUUGCGUGCGAAAGCAGCAGGUGAGGGAACAUGUUUGAUUACUCAAGGCCAAUCGGGGAGUGGCUGGCCUCUGUCCCUCGGAUUCGCCGAAGAGCAGGACGACCAUCUUCCAACAUCACCGAGGCACGGCGUGUCGCGCAGAAAUCACACGCUUUCAGAACUAAAGCCGAUGCCCGUCCUCUCAUCAUCGCCACCCACGUUUCAAGCCAUGCAUAGAAUUUCAAUCUUUCUGUGCAGACCUUCCAAUCGCCAUCGCUAUGAUGCAAUCCGUACUUUGUCAGGGCAUUUUCCUUCACCUCACUUCGCAUUUAUAAGCUGCCUUCUCAUAUAUAACUCCCUAUAUUCUGUCUUUGUUAUAUCUGAUUUGUAA